AUGGAACGCCACUGCAUAAAGAUCACCUGGGUAAAACAAAGCGCCGGUCGUUUUGCCGGGCAAUAUACGGUUAAGCUCAUCAGCACCAAUAGCCAGGGCUGUACAGAUACUUUAGUCAAGACCACAUUUGUACAGAUAGGUCCGCUGACGGGUAGCAUUGGUGAAGUAUUAAACACACCAGGUUGCGCACCGGCGGGCAUCACUGCAAGAGCCAAUAUUAGUUCGGCAAUACCUAUCACCAGCUAUCAAUGGGACUUUGGAGAUGGCACUUCCGGAUCAGGACCAGUUGUUUACCAUACCUAUACCACAGGCGGAAGUUAUACGAUAAACCUCAUCGUAACCACAAGCGCAGGUUGCACACUAUUGCUUAAUGUGCCUGUUACCGUUGGUACCCAUAGCAGUCCUUCUUUCACGGCGAACCCUACUAAUGUAUGUGCCGGACAGCCCGUCACGUUUACUAAUACCACAACAGGUCCUGCCGGUGUUACCUAUACCUGGAUCAUGGGAGAUGGCGGUACUUCUACCCAAACCAAUCCUGUUUAUCCAUACAAUGGUGUCGGCACAUUUACGCCGAUGCUGAUCUCCAAUACAUUCGGUUGCCUGGAUACGUUCCGGAGGGUUAAUUAUAUUACGGUUACACCACCAUUGGCAAAGUAUUCCUUUAAUGUAUCCUGCGUCAACCGCAAAUCAGUAACCUUUACCAAUACAUCGAUCGGCGCUACUUCCUGGAUCUGGGAUUUCGGCGAUGGUACUACUUAUAACGGGCAAAACCCACCCGUACACCAAUAUGCUGCGAAUGGAUCUUAUACAGUAACACUGACCGUGAGCAAUGGUACCUGCACCCAUGUUAAAACCGAAACCAUUAAAAUAUUUGACCUCGUUGCCGCCUUUACAGCUAGCCCAAACCCGGUAUGUAGCGACUCUGUGAGGAAGCCAAACCAUAUAAAGAUCAAUGGUAUUAAUCCCCUGUUCGUUGCCAACAAUACACAUUCCUGCGGCCAGGCUACCGUAACCUUUACCGAUCAGUCGACCAGCAUCUCUUCCAUUGUUGCCCGCACCUGGAACUUUGGCGAUAGUACCAUCGUUACUACAACAGGCACUACCAUUAGCCAUACUUACGCACGUGCUGGUAUUUACACCGUAAGGCUGCACCUUACAGACAGCAUCAGGUGUCAGAAUGAGCUGACCAAGAUCGCUUAUAUAACGGUGACGAAACCGGAUGCAGUUUUUACAAGCACAGAUACCAAUAUCUGCCAGAACAGGCCGGUCGUAUUUACCAAUAGAAGUACGGGUGUGGCUCCGAUCACUUAUAGCUGGGAUUUUGGAGACGGCGCUACGUCAACCGUUGCCAACCCCUCUCACGUAUAUGCAUCAUCCGGCAACUAUACGGUCAAAUUAAUUGCUACGGAUGCCAAUGGCUGUAAAGACACGAUGACCAGGACCAAUUAUAUACAUAUCAACCUGAUCACUGCGGCCUAUACAAUGAGCGAUUCCCUGGGCGCCUGUCCGCCAUUCACCGUCAACUUCAAUAAUAUUUCAAGCGGUGCCACCAGCUAUCAGUGGAAUUUCGGUAAUGGCAAUACCUCUACAUCCGCCAAUCCUUCAAAUGUAUUUGUACAGCCGGGCACCUAUACCGUUACACUGAAAGCAUUUAAUGCAGGUGGCUGUAUGGACUCCAUGCAAAAAACAGUUCGUGUCAAUAGCGGCCCUGCCGGCACCUUUACUUAUACACCUAUUGCGGGAUGCUUCCCGAUGACGGUUCAUUUUACCUCUGCCAACACCAAUACAACGGCCAUUACGUUCGACUUUAAUAAUGGUAUUACUCAUACCACCAGUGCCAGUAGCUAUAGCUAUACUUAUACCCAGCCGGGCAAUUACCUGCCGGUCCUGGUAUUGAGUAACAGCGCUGGUUGUAAUACAUCAGUUGUAGGCCCGGACACCAUCCGCAUUGCAAAAGUAUAUGCCGGUUUCAAAGCAACACCCGAUACGAUAUGCCUCGGCAGUGCGAUCAACUUUACAGAUACCAGCCGCAGCGUUGCUACCACUAUCAACAGCUAUAACUGGAAUUUUGGUGAUGGCAAUACAGCUACCGGCAGUGCAGCCACACAUACCUAUACUGCAGCAGGCACAUACCGCGUAAGGCUUAUUGUUGGCGGUACCAGUGGCUGUAAAGACACCGCUUAUCGCACAGUGCUGGUACAAACCUUUCCGGUACUCACUGCCGCCGAUAAGAUCAUCUGCGCGGGGGGCUCCGUCACCUUGUCCGUAUCAGGUGCCAGCACUUAUAGCUGGACACCCGCUACCGGCCUGAGCUGCACCAACUGUGCCAAUCCCAUAGCCAGCCCGACAACCACUACCACUUAUACCAUAACAGGUAUUGCUACGGGAGGCUGUAGCAGCACCAAGCAGGUUACCGUGAGCGUGAACCCGGUACCACUGACACUCAAUGCAAAUGGAGCGACCAUCUGCGAAGGUGCCAGUGCCUUACUGAAUGCCACCGGUGCAGCCACUUACCAAUGGACACCUGCUAUCGGUUUGAGCUGUACCAACUGUGCCACUCCACAGGCCACACCAACAACUACUAUAACUUACACCCUGACAGGCACCAGCGCCAGCGGUUGCAGCAAUAGUAUUCCGGUAACUGUAAACGUAAAUCCUAAGCCCCUGAUUAGUGCUGCCAGUCAGCAGAUAUGCGCAGUAACCGGUACCGAUGCUUUUGGCUGCAGAGAUACAGGGAUGGUGACCGUAACCGUUCUUCCACGACCAGUGAUCACUACCAGCAAUCAAAGUAUAUGCGCCGGUGGCACUGCCGUACUUUCUGCCAAUGGCGGCACCAACUAUGUAUGGUCACCAGGCACGGGGUUAAACUGUACCAAUUGCCCCAGCCCCGAGGCAACACCUGCCGCUACCACCAACUAUACGGUAACAGGAACCGGCACCAACGGCUGUACCAAUACGGCACAGUCACUCGUUACCGUUAACCCAAUACCCGUAAUCGCAGUAAGUGGCAAUCUGGUAAUAUGCCCGGGGUCUGGCACAUCACUCACCGCCAGUGGUGCGGCAACUUAUGUAUGGACGCCGGCAACCGGGCUGAGUUGUAACAACUGUACCAAUCCUACAGCCACACCGGAAACCACCACCACCUAUACUGUAACAGGCACCAGCGCGGCAGGAUGUGUUGGCAGAACUACGGUAACAGUGACGGUACGCCCCGCACCGGUGGUGACAGCAGGAAGUGAUCAAUCGACCUGCCUGGGUACACCGGUAGCAUUAGCUGCAAAUGGCGCAAGCACUUAUGUAUGGACUCCAGCCACGGGGUUAAGUUGUACUGCCUGCCAAUCACCUGCAGCCAAUCCUACGACAACAACAACCUAUAUUGUUACCGGUACCGAUGGAUUCGGUUGUAAAGACACCGGGCGGGUGACCGUUGCCAUUAAGCCACUGCCGGCUAUCCGCGCAACGCGGGAUACCAGUAUCUGUAAACUAACCUCUGUACAGCUGGAUGCUACCGGCGGCACUAACUAUACCUGGUCGCCGGCUACCGGCCUUAGCUGCACCAACUGCCCGGAUCCCGUAGCCACACCAACUGCCAAUAUUACCUAUACAGUGACCGGUACCGGUACCAAUGGCUGUUUGAAUACAGCCCAGGUCGCCGUAACCCAACGCCAGCAGCCGCCUGUUAAUGCAGGCCCCGACCAGACGAUCUGUGCGGGCGGCUCCUCUACCCAGCUGCAACCUACCGGUACUGAUAUAACAACGUAUCUCUGGACCCCUUCCGACGGGCUAAGCUGCACUACCUGUGCCAGCCCAAUAGCAGCACCACAGAAAACAACGACUUAUACGGUUAAUGUUGCCAGUGAAUUUGGCUGCCAGGCGAAGGACGAUGUUACCCUGUUCAUUAACUGUGAAGGUAAACAGGUCUGGUUGCCAAAUACAUUUACGCCGAAUGGCGACGGGCAUAAUGACCGUUUCUAUCCACAUGGUCGUGGUAUCGAUAGGGUCUUACGUUUCCGUAUUUAUAAUCGCUGGGGCGAGGUGCUUUAUGACCGUGCUAAUGUACCUACAGAUGAUGCGAGUUACGGAUGGGAUGGCCUCUACAAGAACCAACAACUGAAACCAGAUGUCUAUGUCUACGUAAUCCUGGCGCAAUGUGCGAAUGGUGACACCGUAGAAUUAAAGGGCGAUAUCUCGCUGAUAAGAUAA